AUGCUAAAUUUAGGUCUUUACUCAUUUUGAAACAUCGGGCACGUGAGAUGAAGAAUCAAAGAGAAACUCUAAUGUGUUCUCUUUUAUUUGUUGUAUUAACGAUGGUUAUGAACACAAAAGUUUAUGCUCACUCGCAAUAUGGUGGUCGUUUGGUGGAGUUGUCGUUGAGCUACUGUUUGAGCUGGCGGCUAGCAGAGGAAACGGGCAACAUACAAGGGUGGCGCACUGUCCCAAUUCAAUGUCUUCUUGAUGUUGAGGUUUACAUGCUUGGUGGCCAAUAUGCUUCUGAUCUUAAUUUGAUUGUUGAUCAAAUAAGUAGUUAUGUGGACGAGAUUAUUAUGUCGGAUGAUGGUUUGGAUGCUUGGAUCUUGGAUGUCGAUGAUACUUGUCUUUCGAAUAUCUUCUAUUAUAAAGGAAAGAGAUUCGGGGGUGAUCCAUAUGACCCACAAGCGUUUAAAGAAUGGGCAUCAAGAGGCAUAUGCCGAGCGAUUCCUCCAAUCCUACGAUUGUUUCAAAAGCUGAUAGACCGUGGUUUUAAGGUGUUUCUCAUCAGUGGUAGAGAUGAAACGACGUUUGAGCAACCCACUCUUCAUAAUUUACACUUUCAAGGAUUCUUCGGUUUUGAACGACUCAUUCUAAGGAGUGAAGCAUACAAAGGGCAAAGUGGUAUUGUUUACAAAUCAGAAAUGAGAAGGAAGUUAGUGGAAGAAGGUUAUAGAAUAUGGGGAAAUGUAGGUGACCAAUGGAGUGAUCUUCGUGGCCAAUUUGUUGGCAACAGAACCUUUAAACUUCCAAAUCCUAUGUACUUUGUACCAUAACAUUAGUUUACAUGUUUUUUUUUCUCUUAUCAAAAUUAAAAAUUGUCGUGUAACGUUUGUCUAUAUUAUGAUUUGUAUAAACUGACGUUUGAAAGA